AGCGCGGAGCGUUAGUUCCCUGAACGCCGGUGCUCGGUGGCAGUAGCCUCGGAUGUUGGCCCACCGAGUGCCGGGCAAAAGCUCCGCUGGCCUCUGGUGGGGAGCAGCUCGUGUGCGGGUCGCGGCGGGAGAGAGGCGCGGUAGGAACGAGUCCCCAGAGCCGUCAACCGCGGGAACAACUUUUUGACGUGAAGGAACAUAGAAAUUUAGCUAUAAAAUUCUAUCCAAAACUUCUACUGAAUUGAAACUUGUGUUGUUCCCCCUCCAGGAGCGUCUCAAAACAGAGGAGUGAAAGGGAAGCAAUGCAGAAAUCAGAGGGCUCUGGAGGUACACAGUUGAAAAACAGAGCAAGAGGUGACUAUGAUCAAAGGACAUCAUCAAGCACACAGAUAAAACACGGGAAUACAGUUCAAAGAAACAAAUCCUCAUUGUCAACCAGUUCUCCAGAGUCUGCAAGAAAACUUCAUCCUCGACCAAGUGAUAAACUGAACCCUAAAACAAUUAACCCGUUUGGUGAACAGUCACGAGCGCCUUCUGCCUUUGCAGCUAUUUACUCUAAAGGAGGUAUUCCUUGCAGAUUGGUACAUGGUUCAGUAAAACACAGAUUACAGUGGGAAUGUCCUCCUGAAAGUCUUUCAUUUGAUCCACUUCUUAUUACUUUAGCUGAGGGUCUGAGAGAAACCAAGCAUCCAUACACCUUUGUAUCAAAGGAGGGUUUUAGAGAAUUACUUUUGGUCAGAGGUGCUUCUGAAAAAGCUGUUCCUUUGCUACCUAGACUGAUUCCUGUGCUAAAGGCAGCUCUGGUCCAUUCGGAUGAUGAAGUGUUUGAAAGAGGAUUGAAUGCCCUAGUUCAGCUAAGUGUUGUUGUUGGUCCUUCUCUAAACGACCAUCUGAAGCAUCUGCUUACAAGCGUGGGUGGGGGAUGUAGAAAUAAGCAGCAAGGACAUCUGCUGAGAAUAUUGGGAUGGAGUCAAGGGGUAGUGAUAUGUAGAGAAAAGGAGUCACACUGGAUCCUUCCUCAAAGUCAGUCAAGCAAGGCUUCCUAAAUAGCCUCUCAGUCCCACCUCCAGUGGCAGAAAAGGCCAGAUUAACAAUUGUAUACAUUUGUUUUUUAAUCUUUCUGGGUAAGUGGCAUUUAUCUUUGGUCACUUGCAUUCCUUCUCAGAGCUCUCAUUUUCCUAGACAAGGACUGACUGAAAGGUUAUCGAGCUUUCCUGGGCUGCCAGCAUUUUGGGAAGACCUAGACAGCACCCUGACCGUCAGAUCCUGAUAUUAUAUAAAGAGCUCUAGAAAUAGGUUGUGUGAGGGUUAGUUCCUGAUCUGUUACCACUCACUAUGAGACAGACACCACUGAGGAUGUCAGUGAGUUGCUAUCAGACCCCCUUCGUCCCUCACCCCCAUCUUCCAUACCUUUCAGCCUCAAAGCCUUCUUUUUCAUCUGGUUUAUAGACUUCCACAUUAGAUGCUUAUUGGAAGAAGGGGUAUUCUUCUAGAAGAAAUUUUUCAAAACCAGUUACUGAACCCCUAUAUACAACUCAUUUUUUCCUCUAUGCAAAAUAAAUUAUACCUUUUCUGAGCUGCAAAUGUAUGGGACUUUAAAAAGGGAAUAAAUCACCUGAAAAUCUUGCUUAAAAUGCAGAAUCUGGGCUUCUGCCCUGGGAUUCUGGUUAAGUAUGGCAUGAGACCCAAGAAUCUGCAUUUUUAAACAGCAUCGCAAGUGAUUCUGAUGCUGAUGGCCCCUGGAUCUGCCUAUUAACCUCUGUGCUAUACAGGGUGUAUACAGAUUCAGUAGGGUAAUGCAGUGUGAAGAAAGCAACUGGAAGACUGGAGAGGGACGCUCUCCAUCCCCAGGGCAUUCACUAUUACUAAAUUACUCAUGUAAAUCCUCUGUCCUUUGUCCUCUCUUCCCUUUUUAUUGCGGGAAAAUGUGUGCUUUAGAGGCAAAGCUUUCCAUCAUGGUCCUCAAUGCUCUUGCAGAUUACAAAAUCGCAAAAUAUGCUAUUUUAUAGAAAACUUCAGAUAGCAUACUGUAGCAGAUUUUAUAGGAUUGGUUUUACUUGAAAUAAUGUGAAUUGUUUUUUAAAACAAAUACAGAGGUACCUAUAACGCAAAUCUCAAUGAGAUGCUUCCUAAGAGAAGCCUUGAAAUCUAAAACAAAGGGUGCUUCUGAAGAUUUACUUAUGCAUAUGGUGAUGUUAAGUUUAAAGUCAUUUUGU